UUAUCAGAGAAGACUGUGAUUGCCAAGGCAGGCUUGAACUCUGGAAUUGCGUGUGGUUAUCUUGAUUCUUGAUUCCAUUUUUUUGUUAGGAAUAACUAUGUUGCUUGGACUUUUCAAAAAUGCUACCAGGUGUGUGUCGGAUCUUCCAAAACCCAUGCAUUUUUGGAGGAUCUAACACAAUUGCGGCAACAUUUUUGGAGAGUCCGAGCAAUGUAGAGGAAAAAUGAGGACAUUUAUGAUUGUCUAUAAGACUAUAACAUGGAGAUGAUGUGCGGUCAUCUUUCCAUCUCCAUUAUAAUGCGUUGCUCUUCAUUUUUGUUAAACAUCGAGUCCCUGCAUUUCUUGUAUAUGGUGAACUUGUCGGUGCUGUGCUGUUCCACUUUACUGUGAUCAAUGCUGGGAAGAGUCCCUCUCUUACUAAAGUUACCGGUUUCAAAAAAAAAAAAAAAAAAAAGAGUCCCUCUCUUACUGGCGUAUCAAAAAAGGGAAAAAAAUGAGUCCCUUUCUUAGGCUUUUAUAUCAUUUGUCUUUUGCAAGAACCCAGAUUCUUAUAACAGGGUCUGCCUUGCUAUUCUUCACUGAAUUUUCAUUUGAAUUCAUCUCUAGAUCAAGAGGUGCUCUGAGAUUUUACAAUUUUUAUGCUUCCUUUUGUCAUUGCUCGUAAAGUAUGAAGAGAUGGAGCACUAUUACUUGGACUAAGAUCGAUGUUGAGAUAGGUUUUUAUCAAUGGAUAGAUAUGUACAAUGCUGAAAAAUAAGAUCCUGCAUUAUGAGGACAGUCUCAUACACUUAGAAAGCUAAAAUUAUGUUACAUUGCUAUAAAGCGCACCAGAGCAAGUGCCCGUCUUGUGUAGCUAAAAAGUAUUUUUCCUUUUCAGCAGUUUUCUUUUGGAGCUUCCCAAAAGUUCUUAUGUGUUUCCACGCCCCCUUGAGACCCCAAUAAAUGGACAAAUUCCUUUUCUUAGGAACACAAACAAGAGUCGUCUCUACAAACUCUGACGGCCAAUUUUUGAGGACUGUUCACUGACACAAAGAAUUUAUGGUGAAAUGAUCAUUGAAGUGGAUGAUAUAUUUUUUGGUGGAUUCCGUGUCAUGCUAUUGCAAGGUUGAUUCGGGGUUUAAGACAGUUGCAGGGGCAAGAAAAUUUGUCCCAGGAUCGAAAAUUUGCAUCCAGCCAGACAUUAAUCCUCACGCGCACAAGACUAAAAACUCCCGUAGGGAGAGGUCAAGAGUGCAGCCACCUCUUCUGCCUGGUCUACCAGAUGAUCUUGCAAUUGCUUGUCUAAUACGUGUUCCUCGUGUUGAACACAACAAGCUCCGUUUAGUCUGCAAAAGGUGGUAUCGGCUUCUUGCUGGAAACUUCUUUUACUCUCUCAGGAAGAGUCUUGGAAUGGCGGAGGAGUGGGUAUACGUGAUUAAGAGAGAUCGUGAUGGAAGGAUUUCAUGGCAUGCAUUUGAUCCAACCUACCAACUAUGGCAGCCACUUCCACCUGUUCCGGGGGAAUACAGUGAUGCCCUUGGAUUUGGUUGUGCUGUUCUCAGUGGUUGCCAUCUCUACUUGUUUGGAGGAAAGGAUCCGGUCAAGGGGUCUAUGCGACGGGUAAUCUUUUAUAGUGCUCGAACGAAUAAAUGGCACAGAGCACCAGACAUGCUUCGUAAACGUCAUUUCUUUGGUUCUUGUGUAAUCAACAAUUGUCUUUAUGUUGCUGGUGGGGAAUGUGAAGGAAUCCAAAGAACUCUCCGUUCAGCUGAAGUAUAUGACCCCAAUAGGAACCGGUGGACCUUUAUUGCUGAUAUGAGCACAGCUAUGGUGCCCUUUAUUGGCGUUAUUUAUGAUGGGAAAUGGUUUUUAAAAGGGCUGGGAUCCCACAGAGAAGUUCUAAGUGAAGCCUAUAAUCCGGAAACCAAUGGAUGGAGCCCUGUCAAUGACGGGAUGGUUGCUGGUUGGCGCAACCCAAGCAUCUCGAUGAAUGGUCGUCUUUAUGCUUUGGACUGUCGUGAUGGGUGUAAACUUAGAGUAUAUGAUGAAGCCACAGACUCAUGGAAUAAAUUCAUCGACAGCAAGCUCCAUCUUGGAAGUUCUCGUGCAUUAGAGGCUGCAGCUCUGGUUCAUCUUAAUGGUAAACUCUGUAUAAUUCGUAACAACAUGAGCAUUAGUAUGGUUGAUGUAUCCAGCCCUGAUAAACAAGUGGAAACUAAUCCGCAUCUUUGGGAGAACAUUGCUGGUAAAGGUCACUUCAGAACUCUAUUUACUAAUUUAUGGUCAAGCAUAGCAGGUCGAGGAGGGUUGAAGAGCCAUAUUGUGCAUUGUCAGGUGCUACAAGCCUGAGCAUUGGCAAUAACGUCUAGUCGUCCUUCCUGAUGAGAACUAAGAAUUGGUUCAGCCUCUUCAAUCUCAAUAACGAGAUCUUUUCCGUUAAAGCAUUUUUGACAUCCUCAAUCCGGUUUGUGGACCAAAUUUGUUGCAUCAUUCAUUUUCACUUCCCAGAUGACCUUCUGCAGCCUCUGCAGCUAAUAUUUGUAUCUGUCGUGUGGAAGUGUUUCGAUUGUCCAUAAUGGUCUUGAAGAGACGGGCGUUCACCAUCAACAGCUCGUGCAUGGAUUUAUCUGGUAUUUUCAUACUUUUGCCAUUAAUUCAUCACAAACGUCUGUUCAAAGGCAGUGCUAGCUUGCUUAGAUGAUUUUGGAUGUAAAAAAUGGUCUAUCCCUUUGCAUCACGACGAGAUCAGAUAGCUAUAUAUUUUGUGUAUCCUUUUGACCUGUAGUUUUGCACCGAUAGUUUCCCGUCUUAGAAUGCCAUAUGUUGAACAUAGGUUGGUCAUCGAAUUUGAAGGAUAUAUAGCCAGAAUCGCAGCGUCUUAAUUAGCUUCUUCUCUGCCUUCUUUUCAAGAUUUGUACACAAUACAAUUGGGAUAGGAGUGGCAUUAUGAUCUUGCUGCUCCUGCUGUUGAAUAUGUCGCUUAUGAUCGGUUGGAUGUACUGGCUGUGUCAAUGUCCUAAAGCUUGUGCUUUUCGACGAAGGGGUCUGUAGAAACAGGUAUUGGUAGAUUCAUUGAUGUGACAUUUUCAAGAUUUUGCAUAACAUGCUGAGUUUGUAAUCUUGGUUGCAAAGGUUAAUGUAAAAUCUUGAAAGAGUUACAUGUCGCGUUUUUCGCAUUAGAAUUCGUGGAAUUUCCUGUUGUUGUAAUGUUAGAUGACAUUUGGUUUAAAUGUAAUUGGUGAUGUGAUGAUAAAUAUUUGUGUUAUGAUGACGACAUGAGCUGAGCUUGAACGGAGAAAUAUGGUCAUUUAAGAUUGA